AUGACCUCCAAGCCUGCUGCGCCCUCCAACCGCCAGUCAUCCAGCGCCAUCCCUCUCGUCAAGCCGCAAUGCAAAAUCCACCCUUCAGCAACAGUAGCAGACAAAGCCCAACUCAUCGGGCCUCACGUAAUUGAGAUAGACGAAGGCGCCGUCAUACAUCCUCAUGCGAAGAUCAAGGCAGAGUAUGGCAAUAUAGCAAUUGGCAAAGGCACCAUCGUCUCCGAGAAAGCCAUCGUCGGACUGAGCGAGGAGAGCGGCGAAGACACGACCCUUGUGGUCGGCGAAGGCGUGAGCAUUGAGUCCGGUGCCAUCGUUGAGGCAAGAAAGAUUGGUGAUCAUGCUACGCUCGGCAUCAACUGCAGAGUGGGAGAAGGAGCCGUGCUGGGCAAGUGGUGCAAGAUUGCGCCUCUAUGCGAGGUAGGGCCGAACGAGGUACUGGACGACUAUACCGUGGUAUUCGGUGAGGGCAGGAAGGGCAGGCGGGUGGAUGUGGUGGUGAGAGAUAGGAAGGAGGUCCGCGAAGCGAGGUUGAAGGGAACGGAGAUGGAGAGGCAGUUGCUGAGAGGCAUCAUUGUGGAUAUGAGCCUGAUAUCCUGA